ACGCGAUUCAGAAGAAUUGUUGAUCUGUGUACCUUGAUCUACACCCUCAUAUUAUUAUUUCGUUCAUUCCGAUAAUGACUGACAAAUUUCCGUACACAGAUGUCAUACGCAUUUUGCAAGAGGACACAGCCCUUUUAAGAAGCACGAUGGAGUUUGCAGAUUUAUUAUCCGUUCCAAUUACACAAUACGCCAAUGGUCUCCAAGAAACUUAUGACAAGUUAAAAUACAUUUUAGAAAGCUGGAAAUCAUUAUCUGGGGCUAAGGCCAACGUAAAAAAGUUAUCCGAAAUUUUGAGAAAGAAUAAAUUUGUUUCAUCGGCAGAGAAAUUAGAAGCCUUUGACCUAAAGACUACACAAAACAGUACAAUUUCACAACUUUUUCCCCUCCCGAAGUCGCCACCUUGUCGGAGAUUUAUUCGACGCGAAAACGAAUUCCGCCAGUGUCUAGAUCUUCUGCAAAAAGAAAACAUAUUAUUCAUCACGGGAACUGUUGGAGUGGGAAAAACCGUGCUUGCCUUACAUUUAGCGAUGCAUUUCUGUCAAUCCGGACACUCAGAAUUUAUUCGUCUCGACGGGAAAAAUCGUGCCUCUAUAUUAGACUCACUCACAACCUACAAUCGAGAUAGCAGAAAUUUAGACACCCAGAUCAACAAACUCUUAGACACCUUACAUGACAGAUCAGUCGUCCUCCUGAUCGAUAACUUAGUCGAGAUAACACAAUCAAUGCAAACUAUAAUAAAAUUAUGCUCGGAACGACACAGCGAUACCAAGGUGCUUAUCACCAGGAGGGAAAACAUCAUCGACGAGAACGUUUACCACCUCAAUGGAUUCACAAAACCUGACGCGAUUAAAUUUCUCCGGGCUCGAUUUAAAAAUUCCGUUGAAACCGAAUUAAUAAAAGUAUGUGAAAAGUGUGCCUAUAAUCCUUCCGAUAUUAACCAUCUCAGCAACUUAAUUAAGUCCCGGAGACGAGACAUAAGCGAGCUGAAUUCUUACAAGGAGGCCAGAUUUCUUCACAUCAUGUCGAUAGAGACACAUCUCUACUCGGGAUCCACAUUUAUCGGGUAUACAGAAAUUCUUAACGAGCUUGUCAGAAAUAAUUCUUCCCAGAUGAGAGCAUGCGUCAUCCUGUUAAAGAUAUUGUCAAUCAGCAGAAGCAAUACGCUUCGGGAGGAUUUCAUCAACAAAAUGAAACUCGACACAUCUGUUGAAGAAUGUACUGAAGAGUUAGUUAGUAUGUCACUCAUCCAUAGGGAAAAUGGUGUAAUACAAAUUCCCUACAUUGUUCAGGUCAUGGUUAAAAAUCGAAUGUUACCAAAGGAAAAAAAGUCGACAGCUAUAACAGUUUUUGAUUCAUUUAAAACCAUGGAAAGUAUAGAAUGCUUGGAAGAAAGUGAUUAUCUAGUUGACUUUUGGCGUUACACAGUAUCACUUUGCGAUAAAAAAUUUAUCCAUAAAACAAGCAACGUUCCGAGCAAGAUUGCAGAAAGAUUACUUGAUCUAUCGGCGUUCCAACGUUGCCAGACAUUCUGCGAAGAACAGGUAAACUUCGUUCGUCAGUCCUGUCCUGAAACGGAUGUCAACCUAUUGGCGCUACGAAAUAGCUAUGCGACCUGUUUAGCCACGCAUAGUAAAAGAACGCCCGAUGCGCUUAAAGAAUAUAAAAACAUAAAAAUAUGCCAACUCCUACAGUCUCCUCAAGUGGACUUGGAAAAUUUAUGCUCUACUCGUAACAAUAUUGCUGUUCAGCUAAUGAAAUUGGGAAAAUAUAAGGAUGCAUUGGACGAACUUCGCGAGGUGUUAAGGGACAAGAAAGAAAUCUAUGGGGAAAAUUCAGGCCUUCAUGUUAUCCCUGUUUUAACCAACAUUGCACUAUGCCAUCAGCACUUGGGAAAUAACAACCAAGCAAUUCAAAUCUAUAGAAGGCUAUUACGAAAAACUUCUGACGGAAAUAUUCAAGGAAAUGGGAUGGAUAGAGAAAGAUUCGAAAUCCAAUACUACUUGGCUUCCUGUCUAUUUAAUUGUGACAAUUCAUCCUCCGAAGCGAAGGAAUUGCUAAAAUCGAUCUUGACCGAUGUGGACAAAGCUGCCCGUAGAGGUGGCAUUACAAGGGAUAAUUUUAAUUGGAAAUUCGCUCCUACGCGAGCUGAAGCUCAGGUAUUCUUGGCCAGGAUUUAUAAAAAAUAUGGCAAGCAGGAGAAAGCUAGGGAUUUGGUGGAUCAAGCUCUGCAAUGCUAUGUAACCCUCUUCGAUGAAGAUCAUGCAGAUGUUGUGGAGUGCAGAGAAUUGAGGAAGGACUUGUUAUAAAUUAUCAUUUUUCUGUUAUAUUAAAUGACUGUCGGGCUGAAUGAAGGUUUGAGAAACUCAUGUGACAAUUCAAAUAAUUGAUAUUAUUAAAAUUGAAUAAUAAAAUGUACAUAU